GCUGCUCAACAAGUCAACUCUGGCUCGUCGUCCUUCUCCCAAGCAACACCACCUAGCCCAGCCAUGGCAGCCUCAUCAGGAGCCGAUUCAUCGGAAGCUUUCGAUUUCAAGCUGUAUCGCUACACUCCAUCUCUGGCUGCUGCGAUUGUGGCCGCCGUUGUUUUCGCCUUCCUUACCGUUGCGCAUGUAUGGCGGCUUCACCGUGCCCGAGCAUACUAUUUCGUCGUCUUCACAGUUGGUGGUAUUUUCCAAACUGUCGGUUACUGCGGUCGAAUAUGGUCGCACUAUGACCAGAAUUCCAUCGGCGGCUUCGUCAUUCAAGCCAUCCUCAUCCUCGUCGCCCCCGCCCUCUACGCUGCCUCCAUUUACAUGAUCCUCGGCCGUUUGAUUCGAGCACUCGGCGCUGAACACCUGUCUCUUAUCCCCGUGGCUUGGGUCACCAGGAUUUUCGUCACCGGCGACAUCUUCUCCUUCACCUUGCAAGCCGGCGGAGGUGGCAUUCAAUCAGCCGGGACACUUGACUUUUACAACAUCGGCGAGAAGCUCAUUAUCGCGGGACUUUGGGUACAAAUUUGCGUCUUCGGUUUCUUUGUCGUUACGUCCCUCCUCUUCAACUACCGAGUUGUCAAGGCACCCACGGAAAUUGCAACCCGAGGCGACAUUCCGUGGAAACGACAUCUCGUCGUGCUGUAUGCGACCAGCGCCAUCAUCCUGGUCCGAAGCAUUUUCCGAGUUAUCGAGUACCUCCAAGGUAACAAGGGUUACUUGAUUUCCCACGAAGUCUUUCUCUAUUGUUUUGAUGCACUUCUGAUGGCUAUUGUCAUGGCGAUUUUCCUGAUCUGGUAUGUGGGGGAUCUCGAAAGGAAGCGACCUUCAGAAAACCAGACUUCUCUCAGCUCCAGCGACGGCAUGUUGGAGGACUUAAGUGGGCGUAAAUAGACUGGGGUCUUAUUAUGCAAUGGCUUAGAAAUGCAGGGUAGAGAUGUGUGAUUGUUGGAAUUGCCUGGCUACAGGUGGAAUGUCGUGUGCAACUGCGUGCAACUAGCAUGGAAGCGUUGCUUGUAUAAACUACGAUUGAUAAUAUUACGCUGAAAACUAUUGUAUAUAAAAGACGCGCCU